GAAGCUUUUUGCCCUAAAGUUAAAGGCGCGAUUGGACUUGUUGCCUUCAUUUAAAUGCGGAAGCUAAAGAAGACAUCGCAUUAGAAUCGCCUUCCCUUGGUCCUUACACAUACACAAGACACUCAUAGUAUCUUUCAACAAUGGUGUAUCCCCGUUUCCUUAGCAACAACGUGGUCGGUUUCUUGAACCUCCUCUCGCUCUUGGCUUCAAUACCCAUCAUCGGAGCUGGCCUGUGGAUGGCGAGGAGCGGCACCACCUGCCAACGCACCCUCCAAACCCCCCUCCUCAUCAUCGGCUUCGUCAUCCUCAUCGUUUCCCUGGUGGGAUUCAUUGGGGCGUGCUUCCACAUCGUGUCGGCGCUCUGGCUCUACUUGGUGGUCAUGCUGUGCCUCAUAGUCGCCUUGAUGGCCUUCACUGCGUUCGGGUUUGUAAUCACCGCACCGGGCGGCGGGGUGGAGGUCCCUGGCCACAAGUACGAGGAGUACAAGCUCGAUGCGUACUCGCCGUGGCUGAGGGACAGGGUCAAGGACCCUCGCUAUUGGACGAAAAUCAAGAGUUGCAUUUUCAGUUCAGGGACUUGCAAGAAGAUUGCAUCUUGGACGCCUACUGAUUACUCGACAAGGGAUUUGUCUCCUAUACAGUCGGGAUGCUGCAAGCCGCCGACGUCCUGCGUGUACAAUGUGCAGACGGUGGUGCCGCAAGACCCGGACUGCUACAAGUGGAACAACGGCCCGGCGAUGCUGUGCUACGACUGCGACUCGUGCAAGGCGGGAGCGCUCGAGGACGCGAGGAGGACGUGGCACAAGGUCUCGCUCCUAAACGUCUUCGUCCUCCUGUUCCUCAUUCUGUUCUACUCCGUCAGCUGCUGCGCCUUCCGGAACGCUAGGAGAGAACAGGAACGCUAUAACUUUUUCGGAUUUGACCCUACCAAGUUAUGGCACGGAAGACCCACGAACUACUGUUGGUGUUGUUGAUCCGUAUUAGAGAUGGCUGCUGAUGAAACAGGACACGAGUACAUCCAAGAACUGUAUAUACUAAGCGCAACACAUUUGUAUAUACUUGCGAAUUUUCCCUCUAGAAAUCCACAGUUAAUGUAGCAACACCUUUUUGUAAAAUUUUGGUGGGUAUACGAUUGAUUGCGGGCCCAAUAAUAGAAAGUUGAGGAUGCAUCAAGGAUUAAAGAAAUACAGGAGUAGGUAGAGCCGAGAAAGAGAGAAGGAAAAAGGUGCACCAAUCAUCAAGGAACACCUAUGCACCAAUCCAGUCAGCCAUCUCUCCCAAUUGAAAAAGUAAAAUCACUAUCUUGCAUUGAAUCAAAAGUAGGGCUAGAAAAAAAAAACCCUUUCGUUGUCUUCCUUUAUUAUUGCUUUUUUAGUAUAGUAAUACUAAUAUAUACAGCUUUAAUAUUUACUGUUU